UCUCCCCAUCCUCCUCUUUCUCCUCCUCCUCCUCCGCUGCAGCCUUGACUCUGACACAGCCGGCAUGACUGCAAACUGAGUGCUGCUUGCACAAAGAGGGGCACAUUGCUUCGCUUGAGACGCGUAAAUCGCUCGUUUUGUUUCUUCCCGGCGAGGAGACGAAGGAAGACGGCUGAUUCAAGGAGCGCCAAGGAAAGGGGGGAGCAUAGAAAAAGCAGGUCUGUCCUCGAUAACGUCGACAACUGAGGGAAGGGAACGCAGAACUGCCUCAUCAUGAAUUUUAUAAUGAAAGCUGCGCUGGGAGGAGGCCCCCCUGAUGUGGGCAAGAUGCUGGGCGGGGAGGAGAAGGAGGAGGACCCCGAUGCAGCAAAGAAAGAGGAGGAGCGACAGGAAGCGCUGAGGCAGCAGGAGGAGGAGAGGAAGGCCAAAUACGCCAAGAUGGAGGCUGAGAGGGAACAGAUGAGGCAAGGCAUCAGGGAUAAGUACGGGUUGAAGAAGAAGGAGGAGGCCGAGGCUGAGGCAGCGGCUGCUGCGGAGGAGCCCGCAGCCGGCAGCUUGACCCGACCCAAGAAAGCCGUGCCGGCCGGUUGUGGGGAUGAGGAGGAAGAAGAAAGCAUCAUGGACACAGUGAUGAAAUACCUGCCAGGCCCUCUGCAAGACAUGCUAAAGAAGUAGCUUAGCCAGCUAACUAAAGCUAACACUGUCUGGCUGAAUUUGCAGGCUACAUUCACAAGGUUGGCUUGAAUCGGGUUUUUAUUGUCAACGUAGAUCCAACGUAGAAAUUAGAGGAGUGUUACGGUGUCAAAUCACAAUUUUGUAGUAGGGAAACUUCUCAGAUGUGAACAAACAGACGACACUGACUCAACAACCGGGUUAAUGUUAGCUGGAUUGAUGUUAGCUUCAGCCAUGUUAGAUUUCAAAGCUAACAACACGUGGAGGGCUAAAGUCACAUUUCAGAUGGGUUACCCUUCUAGUUUGAGACAUUUUGAACUUUUUGUUUUCUCCUCUGCGUUAGCUGCAGUAUGGAAAAAUAUAUCUGUCCACCACCUUCACUCAGUUUGUACAUAAAAAAAAAAUAAAAAAAUGUAACGCAUACCAUCAAGGUGGGCAAAACAAUCAUAUAUAUCACAUAUAAAAGAAUACAUGAGUGGCUAUUUAAAAGAAAAAAAAAAAAAAAAAGAAAACAUGUAUCUGGAUAAGCCAUAUUUUAAGAACAAUUUAAAGACUACUGUUGUGUGUUCCUAAAGUUUAUGUUACGUGUGUUCUGUCUGAUAUUUAUGUAAAACCUUUUGCACACAGUGUUACACGUAAUCUGUAAAACCUUUUCGUCUGUCUUCCAGACACACUCCCUCAAAGCGCAACGCGCUCAUGUUGUACGGUGUUCAGAAAUGUUUCUACUUCCUUGCUCAGUGUCAUGUCCUGCAUGCCAUUUGUCUGGAGAGUUUGUUGUGUCGGUAUGUAUUAAAAUCCACCUGAUUGCUG